AUGGCUAUCAAAAAGCUUUUUUCAUUCCUCUUUCUUCAACUGGCUCUUGCUUUUUUACUUGUAGAUCUCACUAAUGCAGGGGGAUUGCAACUCGGGUUCUACAGAAAAUCGUGUCCUGAUCUAGACCUUAUUGUCCAUAAGACUGUUUACAAAUACAUUUCUAGGGACCGAACCCUUGCCGCACCGAUACUAAGAAUGUAUUUCCAUGAUUGUUUCAUCAGGGGAUGUGAUGGUUCUGUACUCCUAAGUUCUACGAAGAAGAAUCAAGCUGAGAAAGACGCGGUCCCAAACAAAAGCUUAAGAGGGUUCAAUGUCAUUGAUGCUGUAAAAUCUGCACUAGAAAAGAAGUGUCCAGGUGUGGUUUCCUGUGCCGAUAUCUUGGCCUUGGUGGCUCGAGACGCAGUUCUAAUGAUGGGCGGACCACAUUGGGAUGUUCCCACCGGACGCAGAGAUGGAAGAGUGUCAAUUGCCACAGAGGCUUUGUUCAAUCUACCACCUCCUUUCGCCAACAUAACUGUCCUGAAACAACAAUUUGCUGCAAGGGGUUUAAGUGUCAAAGAUCUCGCAGUUCUAUCAGGAGGACACACCAUUGGAAUUGGACAUUGUACUGUAAUCUCGGACCGGCUGUACAAUUUCACUGGCAAAGGCGACACUGACCCUUCAUUGGACCCUAGAUAUGCUGCUCAAUUGAAGCAAAAAUGCAAGCCUGGAAUCACCAACAAAAUUGUUGAGAUGGACCCGGGAAGCUUCAAAUCUUUCGACGAAGAUUACUACACUACUGUAGCUAAAAGAAGAGGGUUAUUCCAAUCGGAUGCAGCUCUUCUUGAUGAUGCUGAAACAAGAGACUAUGUCAAUUUUCAGUCAAGGACACAUGGAUCCACUUUUGCACAAGAUUUUUCUGAAUCAAUGGUGAAAAUGGGUUACGUUGGGAGUCCUGACUGGCAAACAAGGCGAAAUCAGGAAACAUUGCUGCACAUACCAGCAGCGUAUUCAACACCUCCACAGCAUUUACAAAGCAAAUUCAAUGUAGAAGAACAUUCUUUUAUAGUACAACAAGAUGACGCACAGGGCAGCUUGGCUUCACUAAUGCAGGGGUUGCAACUCGGAUUCUACCACAGAGCAUGUCCUGAUGCUGAGCUUAUUGUCCAUAAGACACUUUACCGAUACAUUUCGAUGGACCGAACCCUUGCUGCUCCUUUACUAAGGAUGCAUUUCCAUGAUUGUUUCAUCAGGGGAUGUGAUGGUUCUGUGCUCUUAAGUUCUACGAAGAAGAAUCAAGCUGAGAAAGACGCGGUCCCAAACAAAAGCUUAAGAGGGUUCAAUGUCAUUGAUGCUGUAAAAUCUGCACUAGAAAAGAAGUGUCCAGGUGUGGUUUCCUGUGCCGAUAUCUUGGCCUUGGUGGCUCGAGACGCAGUUCUAAUGAUUGGCGGACCACAUUGGGAUGUUCCCACCGGACGCAGAGAUGGAAGAGUGUCAAUUGCCACAGAGGCUUUAUUCAAUCUACCACCUCCUUUCGCCAACAUAACUGUCCUGAAACAACAAUUUGCUGCAAAGGGUUUAAGUGUCAGAGACCUCGCAGUUCUAUCAGGAGGACACACCAUUGGAAUUGGACAUUGUACUGUAAUCUCGGACCGGCUGUACAAUUUCACUGGCAAAGGCGACACUGACCCUUCAUUGGACCCUAGAUAUGCUGCUCAAUUGAAGAAAAAAUGCAAGCCUGGAACCACCAACACAAUUAUUGAGAUGGACCCUGGAAGCUUCAAAUCUUUCGACGAAGAUUACUACACCAUUGUAGCUAAAAGAAGAGGGCUAUUCCAAUCUGAUGCGGCUCUUCUUGAUGAUUCUGAAACAAGAGGCUAUGUCACGUUUCAGUCAAGGACACAUGGAUCCACUUUCGCACAGGAUUUUUCUGAAUCAAUGGUGAAAAUGGGUUACAUUGGAGUCCUGACCGGCAAACAAGGCGAAAUCAGGAAACAUUGUGCUGUUAUGAAUUAA